GUAGGACGCGUAGGUCCCGCUUAUGACUCCGCAGCUGCCGCAGUCGCCGCAGCAUCGGGACCAGUCGCGCAGCCCGCGCUGCGGUCCUUUCCGCCCUUUCCGCGCGGGUGUUCGAGCGGCGCCAAACACGCUUCAGCACCUCGGACAGCGUCCGCCGCGCUCGCCCCUGGCUCCCGGGGGACCCGCGGGUGCUUGACCGCGCAAGCGGCCCGCGGGUCGUAACACCGCGAGGUCGUCGCACUCGCGCCACCCAAAGCCAGGCCUGCCGUGCCCGGAGCUCAUGAGCACCAUGCACCUGCUGACAUUUGCCCUGCUUUUCUCCUGCUCCUUCGCCCGCGCCGCCUGCGACCCCAAGAUCGUCAACAUCGGCGCGGUGCUGAGCACGCGCAAGCACGAGCAGAUGUUCCGCGAGGCCGUGAACCAGGCCAAUAAGCGACACGGCUCUUGGAAGAUACAGCUCAACGCCACCUCUGUUACCCACAAGCCCAACGCCAUACAGAUGGCCCUGUCAGUGUGUGAGGACCUCAUCUCCAGCCAGGUCUACGCUAUCCUAGUUAGCCACCCGCCGACCCCCAACGACCACUUCACCCCCACCCCCGUCUCCUACACAGCUGGCUUCUACAGGAUCCCCGUUCUGGGACUGACUACCCGAAUGUCCAUCUACUCUGACAAGAGCAUCCACCUGAGCUUCCUCCGCACCGUGCCUCCCUACUCCCACCAGUCCAGUGUCUGGUUUGAGAUGAUGCGCGUCUACAGCUGGAACCAUAUCAUCCUGCUGGUCAGCGAUGACCAUGAGGGCCGGGCAGCGCAGAAACGCCUGGAGACAUUGCUGGAGGAGCGUGAGUCCAAGAGUAAAAAAAGGAACUAUGAAAACCUCGACCAACUGUCCUAUGACAACAAGCGCGGACCCAAGGCGGAGAAGGUGCUGCAGUUUGACCCGGGAACCAAGAACGUGACGGCUCUGCUGAUGGAGGCGCGGGAACUGGAGGCCCGGGUCAUCAUCCUGUCUGCGAGCGAGGACGACGCUGCCACCGUGUACCGCGCAGCCGCGAUGCUGAACAUGACCGGCUCCGGGUACGUGUGGCUGGUGGGGGAGCGCGAGAUCUCGGGGAACGCCCUGCGCUAUGCUCCUGACGGCAUCAUCGGCCUGCAGCUCAUCAACGGCAAGAACGAGUCGGCCCACAUUAGUGACGCCGUAGGCGUGGUGGCCCAGGCAGUUCACGAGCUCCUGGAGAAGGAGAACAUCACUGACCCGCCGCGGGGUUGCGUGGGCAACACCAACAUCUGGAAGACAGGACCGCUGUUCAAGAGGGUGCUGAUGUCUUCCAAGUAUGCGGAUGGAGUGACCGGCCGUGUGGAGUUCAAUGAGGAUGGGGACCGGAAGUUUGCCAACUAUAGUAUCAUGAACCUGCAGAACCGCAAGCUGGUGCAAGUGGGCAUUUACAAUGGCACCCAUGUCAUCCCAAAUGACAGGAAGAUCAUCUGGCCAGGAGGAGAGACAGAGAAGCCUCGAGGGUAUCAGAUGUCCACCAGACUAAAGAUAGUGACAAUCCACCAAGAGCCCUUCGUGUAUGUCAAGCCCACAAUGAGUGACGGGACGUGCAAAGAGGAAUUCACAGUCAAUGGUGACCCAGUGAAGAAGGUGAUCUGCACGGGGCCUAAUGACACAUCACCAGGCAGCCCCCGCCACACGGUGCCCCAGUGCUGCUAUGGCUUCUGCAUUGACCUGCUCAUCAAACUGGCACGGACCAUGAACUUUACCUACGAGGUGCACCUGGUGGCAGAUGGCAAGUUUGGCACACAGGAGCGGGUGAACAACAGCAACAAAAAAGAGUGGAACGGAAUGAUGGGGGAGCUGCUCAGCGGCCAGGCCGACAUGAUCGUCGCACCGCUGACCAUCAAUAACGAGCGAGCGCAGUACAUAGAGUUCUCCAAGCCCUUCAAGUACCAGGGCCUGACCAUUCUGGUCAAGAAGGAGAUCCCGAGGAGCACCCUAGACUCAUUCAUGCAGCCUUUCCAGAGCACGCUCUGGCUGCUGGUGGGGCUGUCAGUCCAUGUGGUGGCUGUGAUGCUGUACCUGCUGGACCGCUUCAGUCCGUUCGGCCGAUUCAAGGUGAACAGUGAGGAGGAGGAGGAGGAUGCGCUGACCCUGUCUUCUGCCAUGUGGUUCUCCUGGGGUGUCUUGCUCAACUCUGGCAUUGGGGAAGGUGCCCCCCGAAGUUUCUCUGCACGUAUCCUAGGCAUGGUGUGGGCUGGUUUUGCCAUGAUCAUCGUGGCUUCCUAUACUGCCAACCUGGCAGCUUUCCUGGUGCUGGAUCGGCCUGAGGAGCGCAUCACAGGCAUCAACGACCCGAGGCUCAGAAACCCCUCAGACAAGUUCAUCUACGCAACCGUAAAGCAGAGUUCUGUGGACAUCUACUUCCGGAGGCAGGUGGAGUUGAGCACCAUGUACCGGCACAUGGAAAAACACAACUAUGAGAGUGCGGCCGAGGCCAUCCAGGCUGUGAGGGACAACAAGCUCCACGCCUUCAUCUGGGACUCAGCGGUGCUAGAGUUUGAGGCGUCACAGAAAUGCGACCUGGUGACCACCGGAGAGCUCUUCUUCCGCUCGGGCUUUGGCAUCGGCAUGCGCAAGGACAGCCCCUGGAAACAGAACGUGUCCCUGUCCAUCCUCAAGUCCCAUGAGAACGGCUUCAUGGAAGACCUGGAUAAGACAUGGGUUCGCUAUCAGGAAUGUGACUCCCGCAGCAAUGCUCCUGCGACUCUCACUUUUGAGAACAUGGCAGGGGUUUUCAUGCUGGUGGCUGGAGGCAUCGUAGCUGGGAUCUUCCUGAUUUUCAUCGAGAUUGCCUACAAGCGACACAAGGAUGCCCGGAGGAAGCAGAUGCAGCUGGCUUUUGCGGCAGUGAACGUGUGGAGGAAGAACCUGCAGGAUAGAAAGAGUGGUAGAGCAGAGCCCGACCCUAAAAAGAAAGCCACAUUUAGGGCUAUCACCUCCACCCUGGCCUCCAGCUUCAAGAGACGUAGGUCCUCCAAAGACACGCAGUACCAUCCCACUGAUAUCACGGGCCCGCUCAACCUCUCAGAUCCCUCGGUCAGCACCGUGGUGUGAGGCCCCCGGAGGCGCCCACCUGCCCAGUUAGCCCGGCCAAGGACACUGAUGAGUCCUGCUGCUCGGGAAGGCUUGAGGGAAGCCCACCCGCCCCAGAGACUGCCCACCCUGGGCCUCCCGUCCGCCUGCCCUGCUGCCUGGCGGGCAGCCCCUGCAGGACCAAGGUGCGGACCAGAGCGGCUGAGGAUGGGCCAGAGCUGAGCCGGCUGGGCAGGGCCACAGGGCGCUCCGGCAGAGGCAGGGCCCUGGGGUCUCUGAGCAGUGGGGUGAGGGGCCUAAGUGGCCCCGGCCGGAGGGGUCUGGAGCAGAAAUGACAGCCCCAUCCUUCCUCCAGCCACCACCCUAAGCUACAGUGGGGGCCCAUGGCCCCAGCUUGCUAGGUCACCGCCCCCCUCCUCCAGCGCCUGCUCUCUGCAACCCGAGUUCCACCUCUCUCUCCUGCAGCACCACCCUCCUAAGACCCUUCCCUAUCCCAUUUACUGGGCUGGCCCUGACCUUUCCCAGGGCUAGCCCCCACUGCCCUAGUGGCAGUCCUUCCCAGGGGUCCUCUCU